UACUAAGAAUAACCUCUUAACUAAGGGGUUUAAGAAAUACUAAGAAGCGUCGACGUGCUCGAAAAUUGUUGGGUGUAAUUUUUUUUUCUUUUUCCAUUCUCUCUCGCGACGAUGAUUGCGAAAUUGAAAAGGAUUUUUGUCAAUGAUCUGUUGGAAGUGGAGAUGAUUGAUUCGAUUGUUGGUGACCUUCCUCUGUUCUUCGCCGUUAGCUCAGCAAAACCACCGAUGGCGGAUCGCAACGACGACUCUCGGUGAAAAACCGACGACUCUGACAUUGAUGAAAUCGGAGACCACCAAAUCGGAUCCUUUCCUUCACCAAUUCGGAGAUGUUCAAUCACCAUUCUCUUUCACAUGUAUCUGGAUGAGAAGUAUCCUGAGCCACCUCUGUUACCUUGUGAUCUCCAUAUACGGGCUGUAAAUUUCCAGGCGAUGAGUAUUGUUUUGACUGGCAUACAACCUCAUCAAAAUCUGGCUGUUCUUGCUGAUUCAACCAUUUUGAAACUAAUGGAGGAGCGGUCUAUAAGCUCCCAACAUAGACAAAGUUUGCAACAUGAGCCGGCAAAACUGAGAACGAAGAAGAUAGUGAUAGAAGUGCAUAUUGGGCUCCCUCUGCUGUAUGUAUGCAUUGUGGCAUUCAUCAACAUUGUUACUGGGCAUUGUCUACGCACUUGACUGCUGGGUUCCGUCGUCGUUAUAUCAUAUUAAUCAAGUGUGCAGUCGAACAUAUUGACGAAGAAGGGAAAGAGAUUACUUUUGUUAAUUAAAAGUUUAUGAAAUGCAAUAAUAAAAUCUUUUA